AAUUUCACUAAUUUGCUUGCAUGUUCGUGCUUUCCCUUUCUUUGCUUAUUUAUUUCACAGGAUAUAUUAUUAUAUUUACUAAGGUUUUGUAUGUUUUUUCCUCGAGCCACAUCUCAAUCUCAGCUGGUAUGGUUUAUUAAAGAUGUCCUUUUUGGUUUCAUUAUUGUGAACAAACAACAGGUUAAAUACAUUGAUAGUGUAAAAAUCCUAUACACUGUAGGUGCAUAUAAGUUAAAUCCAGCAAUCUACUCAUCAUUUUAAAUUUAACAAAUAUAUUCAUGUCUUUGGAAUCAAAGGAAAAAUCCUCAGUUUGAAGGGGAACUUGGACAAAACUUUGUAAACAAACUUUCAUCCAUCAUGGCUUAAGAAUCGAAGUAUAAUUGGUUAUGAAGCAAUGGAUAUGUGCUUCUCUCUCAUUUUUAGCAUUUGCUUUUAAUUAUUCUUUGAGUUUAAAUCCCUAUUUAUACAUUGCUCAAUCAAGGUUUCCCCAAAUAACCGAAAAUGGAUAUGGAAUUCAAAUUAGCAAGAGUUGCAGAUGAAUUCACCUCUAAUGAAUUCCUUCAGUUUGGGAAAGAUCGAGCUGGCCUUUUUUUCCAGUCUGCAGAAACAAACACUAUGUUCAUCCUUACUGCUCAUUUGAAAGGUUACACGCGAGAAAACAUAAAGAUCAAUAUUGAUGAGGAGGGGAAUAAAAUGGUGAUAACAUGUGAGAAGCAGGUCCAAGAAACUGUAAAGGUGGGGGGGACAGUGAUCGAGAAAGAUGUAGAAAUUAGAAAAUUUACAAAGGCUUUCAAGAUUCCAGAUGGGGUAAUCUUGGAUAAAAUUGAAACUAAUUUCAAUAAGGAAGCCUCCAUUCUGACUAUUACAAUGCCAAAGAGAGUGGAGGGGAUUCUUGGAACUGGAAUUCAAGAAGUGAAGGAGCCAGAAAAUCUGCCUUUUAGAGUUGAUGAAAUUCCUAGAAAAGCGACAUUUCAUGAAGACAAAGGAGCAGAAUUCUCAUCAGCUGGUUCAGAAUCUGCAUAUCGAAAAGGAGAAGCGAGUCAAGAAACAGAAAUGCAGCCGGGUUUUCCAUCAAAUAUCCAAAAAUCUCAUGCAGAAGUCAAAAAACCUGGUGCUCAAGAUGAAGUUCCUCAAAGGGAAACCGAAAAGCCAAAAGCAGAACCAAAAAGCCAAAAAAUUGAAGAUAUGGGGGAUGGUAAACUUGAAUGUACAAAUUUGAAAGAUGAUAAAAUUUGUGAAAAAGCAAAUGGGAUUGAAGAAGAAAAGGAGGACAAGUUACCUGAGAGGAGGAGCAAGAUAUGUGUUCCUGUAAUUGCUGGCUCAGCUGUAAUUUUAUCUCUAGUUGUCUUUGGGAUUUAUUUCAUGAGAAAUAAGAAGCAACCUGGAAAAAGAAAAGAAUAGGACAAAGAACAUUGUAUGCACACAUGUAACUUUCAAAACCUUCUUCUGUUCUUUUACUAAUUUUUAUUUUAUUGUGAAGGAAAAAAAGAGUAUGUUGUUCAACUUUUGAGGAUUA